CCCAUUGCUUAUUACCACUAUCGCAACAACGUCAAGGUUAACUCUCAACCAAUCUGCGGGCUGUUAGUUGCUCUUUCCCCAAGGGUCUGAGGAUUGCAGUGCUGUCCCAUCUCUCCAACUUCUACUGAGUAACUGCCAUUGCUAGAUUUUCACAUCACACCAUCCACUGGGCCAGUUAAAAGAAUGCAAGAGGAAAACCUUGAAGCCUCUACGUCCAUAUCUCAGCUACUGAGGGAGAGCUAUUUAGCUGAAGUCCGAAUUCAUCAAGAGCACGGCGAGAAAAGCAGGUCAGAAGCUACCUCUCAACAUUUCUAUUAUGGCAGUAAAUCUGGGGUUUCCCAGGAUUUAGAUGGUCAGGAUGAGUCCCCUGACCUGUCUGCAUUUUUGAGUCAGGACGAAUUGGACAAAAGUGUCAAUUUAGCUCAGGAAGCAAUUGCCCAGUGUUCUGAUGAAGUGAAGAAAGAUGAAAAGCAGAUCAAUGUAACCUGCACCACCAAAGAUGUGUAUGACACUUUGAAACUUGCUGGGAAUAGCAAAGUUUUAGAAUCUGCAGGUUCCUCAGAUUUCCCAGAAAAACUGACCAGUCAACCAUACCACUGUGAGAAUUUCACCAGACGAUCCAGCAGCUCAAAAGACAGUUACAGAGAAUUAAGAAAACAGUCAAGGAACACCCCUUAUUGUACUGAAGCAGAGGCUAAAAAGGAUUACUUAAGUAAAGCUGCAGAUUUUAUUGAGGAAUUAUCUUCACUUUUUAAAACAACAAGUACAAAACGGAAUAAAACUAGAACCUGUAAAAACUCACGAAACCGGGCGCAGUCAAAGUUUGGUUCACAAGCUCAACCUUCAUCUUGGUCUGUCGACGAGAGGGAGAGAGUGCAUGUUCCAUUUUCGGCUCAGUUGAGUGAUGAAAUCAUAACAAAAGAGGAAUCUGAAGUGAUAGCUCAAGCCCCAGUUCUAUCAGCAGGUACUGAGACACUAACAACAGAAGCUAAAUCAACUGAAAUUCAAUCAAGACCUGUUUGCAUUGAAGGUACUGAAGGGAAUCCACCACGAUUCAUUCAGCGACUAAAGAGCAGGGAAGCUGCUGAGGGAAGCAAAAUCCAGCUUGAAUGCAUUGUGAUAGGAUCACCAACACCAGAAGUGAGGUGGUAUUGUGAAGGAAAGGAGCUCAAGAAUUCACCUGAUAUUCAGAUUGGUUAUGACGGUAAACAUUACACACUGACCAUUUCUGAGGCUUUUGAGGAGGAUACGGGACGCUACACUUGCUUGGCUUCAAAUAUAUAUGGAUCAGACACAUCAUCUGCAGAACUUUAUAUAGAAGGACUCUCUUCAUCUGAAUCUGAGCAAGAAUCUGUAAAGGAAGAUAUGACUCAGGUUCAGGAUAAGAUUCACAUCACUGUUGCAACUUCGCCUCCUCCCUCCAAUCCUGCAGCAGUUCAUUCAGAGUUCCACCAGUCACAACCUACAGUCACCCAGCAUCCUGUGCGACCCCUUCAGCAGAUACGAAGCCCAACAAAUUUAUUACAGGGAUUGGAUGGACUACCUCUCAUGGCUGCUCCAGUGUUUACAAAGCCGCUGCAAGAUGUGACAGCUAAAGAGGGGCAGCUGGUUGUGUUGGAAUGCCGAAUUAAAGGAUCACCAUUCCCGAAAAUGGAAUGGUACAGGGAGGAAACCUUAAUAGAAGACUCUCCUGAUUUUCGAAUCCUGCAGAAAAAGCCACGGUCAAUGAGUGAUUCAGAAGAGAUCUGCACCCUGGUAAUUGCUGAAGCUUUCUCUGAAGACUCUGGGAUGUUCACUUGUACAGCCAGCAACAAGUAUGGCACAAUGUCGAGUUCUGCUCAACUCACAGUCCACGGAAUUGAAGAUAAUAAUGCUGUUAGUACGAAUGUUUCAAGCUCUGUGACAGUUGCAGCCAAUGUGCCAGUCCAACCAGACAAAACACACUUGCAUCCUUCUGUCCAUUUGAAACCCAAACUGGAGGGUGUCCUUGUAAACCAUCAGGAUCACAAGCCCAAAGCUGGGCUGAGAGUGCAUUUCAAUUUGCCUGAAGAUGACACCGCAAGCGAGCCUUCAAUUGAACGGGAACACAGUUUGAGAAAUGGACAGAACACCUGGGCUUCAGGGUUAAUUUCACCCACAAAGGAGCCACCACCAGUAUUUGCGAAACCAAAACUUGAUCCUGUCCAUUUGCAACAGCUACACAGCCAGGUCCUACAAGAACAACAAGAAGCAAUCCUACAACAAUCUGCGCAGCAGUCCUCUUCUAUGUCUUCCUCAGUGCCAACUGCAUUUCAAUCUACCAUGAAUCUUGUCAGUUCUACUCCUCAAUCAUCCGUGCAAUCAAGCCCAUCUAGCAGGUCACCAACUCUGAAAAACAACCAGCCCCAGUCAUUCAAUUAUACUCGGCCAAAGCAGUUUGUUGCCACUCAGAGUUUUAUGCCAGCUGCUGUCCGAAGUCAUUCCCCCUCACUUUCUCCUCUGCCCAUGCUGAAUAGGGUAUCUGAAAGAAAGCAGUAUAGUGAAGAGAAUUACUUCGGAUUUCCACUCACAGCAGCAUUUCAGAAUCCUGAUAAAUAUCCUGGUCCGAGUUUGUCAUCCCCACUCUCACACAGUUUCUCCAUCAAGAGUGCUACAGGACAAGCCACUUCUUCUCCAGUUCUUUCUCUGCCAACUUCUCAAUCUCGGAUUGUAUCACCAACUUCAAUUAAUGCUGGCAACUCCUGCCCAAGUCCAGUUCAGAAUCCUGUGGCUUUCCUCAGCUCUGUACUACCAUCAUUGCCCUCUGCACCAUCUACCAAUGCUAUGGGUCUUCCCAAGAGUGCUCCAGCAAUCCCUCCACAAGGUAUCUUAAAGAAGGUGCCCAAAUCGCCACGAACAUCCAUAGAUGAUGAAAUACGGGAUAGCAAGGAUGCUGUAAUACACGACUUAGACAGGAAGUUACGCUUCAAAGAUGAUGUUUCCCAAACUGGGCAGCAGACAAUAAUUUAUAAAGAUAAAAUGGCCUGCAGAUUUCUUGGACAAAACUCUCCUUCAAACUUUAAUUUUGAUGAGGUAGAGGAUAUUGCAUCAGCACAGGACCUUAAAUAUCUGAUUGAAUCAACUCGCAACAGCCUUGGUCAGCAACAGGAAUACAAGGUGUCCAACUUUGAACAAAGACUUAUGAAUGAAAUUGAAUUUCGCUUGGAGAGAACUCCUGUGGAGGAAUCGGAUGAUGAAAUACAACAUGAGGAUAUUCCUACCGGGAAGUGCAUUGCUCCAAUAUUUGACAAGAAACUCAAACAUUUUCGAGUGGUUGAAGGAUCGCCAGUGACAAUGAGCUGCAAAAUUGUGGGAAUACCAGUGCCAAAAGUGUACUGGUUUAAAGAUGGAAAACAGAUUUCCAAGAAGAAUGAGCAUUUUAAGAUGAAGCGUGAUGGUGAUGGUUCAUGUUCACUGUAUAUUGAAUCAGCCACUAAUGAUGAUGACGGAAACUACACAGUUAUGGCAGUAAAUCCCCAGGGAAGAAACAGUUCCUCUGGUCAUCUCUUGGUACAGAAUACUCCAAUACGUGGUCGUAUAAUACCGUCAGUUCAGAGCAAAAGGACAAGGUCACGUGUGUCCGAGGGAGAAGAACCUGUACAGGAGGGUUUCUUCUGUCCCCAUUUUCUUCAGGCUCCUGGUGACAUGAUUGCCCAUGAAGGUCAGAUUUGCCGAUUGGAUUGCAAGGUGAGUGGGCUGCCAAAUCCUGAUCUCAUGUGGCUGCUGAAUGGUAAACCCAUCUUGCCAGAUGCUACGCAUAAGAUGCUCGUGCGGGAGAAUGGAAUUCACUCCCUUUUGAUUGAUCACCUCACAGCUGGAGAUACAGGGAUUUACACAUGCAUUGCGACAAACAAAGCAGGACAGAGUUCCUUUAGCUUGGAGCUGUCUGUUGUAGCAAAAGAAAUUACAAAGGCCCCUGUAUUUAUCGAGAAACUGCGGAACACAGGAGUGCCGGAAGGUCACCCAGUCAGAAUAGAGUGCAGAGUGGUAGGCAUGCCACCUCCCAUGAUCUUCUGGAAGAAAGACAAUGAGACCAUCUCUCCCUACAGGGACAGGAUAAGCAUACAGCAAGAUGCCACGGGCUAUGUCUGUCUCCUGAUUCAGCCAACCAAGAAAGAAGAUGCUGGAUGGUACACCGUGUCAGCCAAAAAUGAAGCAGGAAUAGCAUCUUGUACAGCCAGGCUGGAUCUAUAUGCCCAGUGGCACCAGCACAUCACACAGCCAAUAAGGAAAGUGCGUCCUUCAGGCAAUCGGUAUGCAGCUCUUGCUGACCAAGGACUUGACUUGAAAUCUGCCUUCCCGUCUGUGGACACCUCGCUGUUCCCAACCAAACAGGAUGUGAUGGAAAGCGAUGAACUGUGAAGUUAUUUCAGUAUGUUUGCUUUUGCAGGACUUAGAACUGUGAAGAUAAGAGAGGCCAAGUGAUUCAAGGUUUACAUGAAGUUAGUUUUCUAUGACCUUGGUGCUUUUGUGAAUGUUGCAAGUGACACAGUUAAAAGUGCUGAUUUUAAAUAGAACGCAAAAUCUGUAUACAGGCAAUAUGUAGUUCCUUGUCAGUGUAAUUGGAUUGCUUGAGUUUAUGAAUAUAAAUGCCAGUGACGUCCCAGUUAAAUAGGAUGACACCUGUUUAAUCAUCAUGCCAAAUUAGAUGACAGUCACCAACAAACAUCACGUUUUUUUGAAUGUCUGUUAUUUCUGUGUUUGUGGAGGUUUUCAAAAGCCUUGCGCUGAAGUAGUCAAAGUAUCAUUUGGCACUAUAUGAAUUGUUUGAUUCUAAUCUGCAAAAAGACAUUUUUCACUCAAAUGUGGCUUGUAUACAGCUCAGAAAUGCUCCACAAAUCGAUAGCAGAUUGAGUCGCCUGUGUUUCUUUAUUAUAAUCCGAACUGGUACAGUGCAACAUGUUGUUUGUACCAGUUAUACCCAUUGACUACGGUGGACAAUGUUACUCCAGGAUUUCUGUGCCUAUUUAUAACAAUGCAAGUGAAUCUGCUUUUGAUUGUUUAUUAAAAAGGUUAAUUUUCUUUCCUCAGAACUGUUUAGCCAGUAAUUUAUACUGUUAAGCAUGAAGCAGCUAAUCACAAUGCGUCUACUGAUUGUGAGGCUCCCUGGAUAUAUUUCAGUAUUCACAUUGGUGGCAAAACAGUAUUACCUGCCAUUUCCCAGUGAAAUUGAAACAAGCUCUGAAGUUCUCAAUGCACAGUUAAAUGUGGAAACUCAAGUCGCUACCAGUAAUCCCCUGCAUCUCCACAGGGUGCACUGUUACAGUCUUCACAGAUGGAAAUCAAUUGGAAAUCGUUGAAUUGUUGUGAACUUCCAGUGUCUACAAUGAUUAGUCUUUCUACAAAGACUCUUAAAGAAUUAGACUUUGUGAAGGGAUGUCUUAAUGGGUUUAAGGCUGCACUAAAUUCAUAAUUACUGCUGGUAAACAGCAUUUCUGGCCACAAAGUUUUAUAUCUAUGUAAUGUCAAAUUUCUUUGUUCUCUAGAUUUCAAACAUAUAUUUUUAAAUUUAAUAACAUUUAUGCUUUUGCCUUAAUCUGAUGUCUAUCUCAACCUUAUUUUGCUUUCCAUGGAAUUAUACAAAAUUAUUGAUAAUACCUACUUAUUACUGCCUGGUUUUCUGUCUGUGAGAAUACUUCAAUGUUAUUGGCUGCUUAACUUGCUUGUUUGCACAUUGUUGCUGUAUAUUUGAGAUUAUCUUUAGUUGAUGGCAGAAUCAAAUUAACUUCAGAAGAAAAGGUGAAAUCCAGCAGUCUGCCCAUAAUUGCUACAAAUUAAACAACUUGAACCCAAAUAAAGUGAACCACAUAGUGGUGAGUCUGAAGUAAUAUGUUAUUUUAAGUAUUUUAUUCAAAGGAUAUGGGCAUUUCUGGCAAGGCCAGCAUUGGCUGUCCACCCCUAAUUGCCCUUGAACAGGUUGCCUUGCUAGGCCAUUGCACUGUGGUCUGGAGUCACAUGUAGGCCAGACUGGGUAAAAAUGGCAGAUCUUCUUCCUUGAAAGAAAGAUGUUUUGUUUUAAAGUCAAUAUUCAUUUCAUGGGUAUUGCUUUCAAUUUGCGAUUGAUUCAUUGAAUUUAAUUUGCACCUGUUACUAUGGUAGGAUUUGAAUCCAAAUCCCCACAGGAUUGGCCUGUGUUUCUGGUUUACUACGUCAGUGAAUUUACUAUUAUGCUGCCAUUCCCCCCACUGACUGCAAAAUGUGAGUGGGCUAAUAACCCUGUCUGAUUAUUGAACUCGUGGCUACUGGGUAUAAUGGCUGGAACGUCACCUCUUCUCCCUUCAAACUAUAAAUUGUUUUCUUGUCCCACUUAGGAGGGAGUUUUUAAUAAAUUAUUUGAUAAAUACUCACCUGUACAAGGCUUAUUUUAACAUAUCACACACGCUAAGAAGUUACUCAUUAAAAUAUCACCUACUCAAAUAUAUCUCACCAAAAGAACAUAGGCAUUGCUCCUCAACAGUUAAGUUUAUUUUCAUUUUGCAGGUAUGUUUGGCAAUUAAAUAAUGAAGUAGCCUUUUAGAUUCUCAAAAAUGCUUCAGGUUGUUUAGCAGUUUACAGUAAUUAUCUUGAUUGAAUUGAUAAAGGCUGCAUUAUUACACCAAGUGCCAGGUAGAUUGCAUAUUUAGCUGAAGUCAAGUGUUAUAAUGUAAACUUGCACUUGUAAAGAAAUAAUGGAUUGUUUAUCUAUGAAUAAAGUUUUAUUUAUUCCAA